CAUAAUAUUGAUUGAAAUUUUUUAAUUUUUUUUUUGAUUUUGAAAUAUUUCAAAAAAUCCAAAUCAAAACCAAAAAGACGUAAAGGAGGAAAGUAAAACGGACAAAUAAUCAAUGGAAAAAAUCUAGUUUUCGCCAAAAAUUAGUAAAGUUAUGUUCGAUGAUCGGAUUAAUAGCGUAUGUAUUACAGAAUAGUUGAGGUAAUUUGACAAGUACGUGAAACUGAGAAAGUUGACGAUUUGUUCGCGCCUCAAAAUUAUUUUCACCGACAAACAUAUUUGUUGAUGUCAAUCGUUGCAGCGUAUAUGGAAGAAUGGCAGCUCUAGAAACCUACGUAAAUCACACGGUUGCCAUAAUAACGGCGGAUGGACGACACUUCGUGGGAACUUUAAAAGGAUUCGAUCAGACUUUGAAUUUGAUUUUGGAUGACAGUCACGAACGAGUGUAUAGCACCACGCAAGGAGUCGAACAGGUGGUGCUGGGACUGCAUAUCAUUCGCGGCGACAAUGUGGUUAUAGUUGGUGAAAUCGACGAAACGAUAGAUUCUCGCAUAGAUUUUAGUAAAAUUAGAGCGGAACCAUUGCCAUCCAUUGUUCACUAAACGUGAAAAAGUAUUCGUUUGUCGUCUAAAUCGUCGCGCGUAAUUGUCAAGUGGAAAGGAACGAUAUGGCUUUUUUUCGAGAGCAUUUGUUCGGCGUUCCUUAGGUCUAUUUAACGUAUAAUGUGAUACCGAGAUACACUUAACUUAUGUAUGUAUAAUACACAAUCAUGUACAUUC